CAUUCUCUUUUGAAUUUUGGUUGACAGUAAUCCUACUAGUUCUAGGUGGUGUUGCUCAGCUGGCCGUGACUCGUUGUAUUCUUCUUCUUCUUCUUCCGCCUUCUCUGCAGUACCAACCUGUGUUUUGAGAAAUUGAAGCUUCAAAUAAAAUCAAACACCUUUGUCUCUCUACAUUUUCACCCAAAAAGACACCCAAGAGAUACCCAAGAGCUGAUUUUGCUCAUCAUCUCCCUAAAGCUGAGUUCAAAGUAAAAUUUAAAAUAAACUUGCAUAACUACAAGUGAAAGAGGAUUCCACUAGUCAAUCAAGAAUGAAUCCACCUAAAAUCAAGCGUCGAGUAGGUAAAUAUGAGGUGGGAAGGACAAUUGGUGAGGGAACAUUCGCAAAAGUGAAGUUCGCAAGGAAUUCUGAGACUGGGGAACCUGUGGCUCUCAAGAUCCUUGACAAGGAGAAGGUUCUUAAACACAAAAUGGCUGAACAGAUAAAGCGAGAAAUAGCAACAAUGAAGUUGAUAAAACAUCCAAAUGUUGUUCGCUUAUAUGAGGUGAUGGGGAGCAAGACCAAGAUAUUUAUUGUGUUAGAGUUUGUAACUGGAGGAGAGCUCUUUGACAAAAUUGCACACCAUGGACGGAUGCGAGAAGAUGAAGCACGAAGGUAUUUCCAUCAGCUUGUUAAUGCUGUUGAUUAUUGCCAUAGCAGGGGUGUCUACCACAGAGACCUGAAGCCAGAAAAUUUGCUCCUGGAUACCUGUGGAAACCUCAAAGUUUCAGAUUUUGGACUAAGUGCUCUUUCCCAGCAAGUCAGGGAUGAUGGCCUUCUUCACACUGCCUGUGGAACUCCAAACUAUGUUGCUCCAGAGGUCCUUAAUGAUCGAGGCUAUGAUGGGGCAACUGCAGACUUGUGGUCUUGUGGAGUCAUACUCUUUGUAUUGCUUGCAGGUUACUUGCCUUUUGAUGAUUCGAAUCUUGUGAACCUGUAUAAAAAAAUCUCAGGAGCCGAAUUCACUUGUCCCCCUUGGCUCUCAUUUGCUGCCAUGAAAUUGAUAACUCGAAUCUUGGAUCCCAACCCUAUGACUCGCAUCACUAUCCCUGAAAUUUUGGUAAAUGAAUGGUUUACGAAAGAUUACAAGCCACCUGUAUUCGAGGAGAAAGGAGAUGCAAAUUUGGAUGAUGUAGAAGCUGUUUUUAAGGAUUCAGAAGAAUAUCAUGUGAUGGAGAAAAGGGAAGAACAGCCCACGCCCAUGAAUGCAUUUGAUUUGAUUUCUAUGUCAAAAGGGCUCAACCUUGGGAAUUUGUUUGAUAUAGAACAGGGAUUUAAGAGGGAAACAAGGUUCACAUCUAAAUGUGGAGCAAAUGAGAUAAUCAGCAAGAUUGAAGAAGCCGCGAAGCCUCUUGGUUUUGAUGUUCAUAAGAAAAACUACAAGAUGAGGCUUGAAAAUAUUAAAGCUGGGAGAAAAGGAAACCUCAAUGUUUCCACUGAGAUAUUUCAAGUGGCACCUUCUCUUCAUAUGGUUGAGGUGCGAAAAGCAAAAGGAGACACUUUAGAAUUCCAUAAGUUCUAUAAGAAUCUUUCAACCUGCCUAGAGGAUGUGGUUUGGAAAACAGAAGAGGACAUGCAAGAAAUGAAGUAGAGCACUGUCCACCUUGGAAGGGUUAUACAUUUGACUCUUCGGUUCAGGCAGAACCUAUAUAUAUAUAUAUGUAUUGGAGCUCAGGUAUUCAUUCUUUUGUUUUUCCUUGCUUUCUUUUAUGGGAUCUUUUUCUCCCUCCCUCUAGAGAAUUAGGCAGACAAUGCUCCACCAAUUGUUUUUGAGUUAUUUUAGUUAGACAUCACAAUGAGUCCCAUAGAGCUGCUGUUUGUAUAAUUUAAACCCUUAAAACUCUGUAAUCUCUAUUAAGGAAUAUGAUCGAACGAAGAAGGGACUAUCGGCUCUCUCAUUUCGUUUCGGUUCCAUGUGCUUUCAUGGAAUCCACUUCCGAGAAAGAAAGAAAAAAGAAAAAAGAAAGAAAAAAAAAAAGAGAGACAACAGAGAGACAAAAAAGAAGGAAAAAAAAAUUGUAUUUAGGUUGGCUUUCAGUUGUUUCUCAUAAGAUAUCUUUCAUCCGAUGACCAGACUUGGAUUGGGAAAAAUGUUGUAUAAAUUUGGAAUAUAUAGCGGGGAACGCGGGAAACGGAGAUAUGGGUUGUGGUAUUGAAAUAUAUGUAUAUAGUGAGAUGAAUAUGGUAAUGAAAUUCUUAGUUCUAUUUCAUACUUGUUCAUCAAAUGUUUAUGUUGAACUCAAAUUGUAUAUUUUCGUCAAUUUGAAGAUGAUGUGUAUAAAGUAUGUUCUAUGUAUUCAGUUUAGACAUACAUUUGAAUUAAAUUUGAAGAGACUAUUAGCAAA